CGUGCUCCGCGGCGCCCGGCUCAUUCCAGCCCCUUGGCUGGUGGGACGGGGCCGAAAUGGCCGCGCCCGGCGCUGGGGCGACUAGGCUGCUCCUGCUCUUGCUGAUGGCGGCAGCAGCCCCCAGCCGGGCGCGGGGUAGUGGUUGCCGGUCCGGGGCCGCUGUGCGGGGGGCGGGGGCAGAAGGUCGAGAGGGCGAGGGCUGCGGCGCCGUGGGGCUGCUGCUGGAGCACUCAUUUGAGAUCGAUGACAGUGCCCACUUCCGGAAGCGGGGCUCGCUGCUCUGGAACCAGCAAGAUGGCACUUUGUCUUUGUCGCAGCGGCAGCUCAGCGAGGAGGAGCGGGGCCAGCUCCGGGAUGUGGCCGCGCUGAAUGGCCUGUACCGUGUCCGGAUUCCACGGCGGCCUGGGGCCCCUGACGGCCCAGAAGCCGGUGGCUAUGUCUCCUCCUUUGUCCCCGCGUGCUCCCUGGUAGAGUCGCACCUCUCGGACCAGCUGACCCUGCACGUGGACGUGGCCGGCAACGUGGUGGGGGUGUCGGUGGUGACGUACCCUGGAGGCUGCCGGGGCCACGAGGUGGAGGACGUGGACCUGGAGCUGUUCAACACCUCAGUGCAGCUGCAGCCGCCGGUCCCGGCGCCAGGGCCCGAGACGGCGGCCUUCAUCGAGCGCUUGGAGAUGGAGCAGGCCCAGAAAGCCAAGAACCCGCAGGAGCAGAAGUCCUUUUUCGCGAAAUAUUGGCACCUCAUCCUGGGGGGGGCCGUGUUGCUCACAGCCCUGCGUCCUGCUGCCCCCGGGCUCGCACCGCCACCGCACGAGGCCUGAUGGAUGUACAUCAUUCCCGUGGUCCUGUUCCUCAUGAUGUCGGGAGCACCGGACGCCGGGGGCCAGGGCGGGGGCGGCGGCGGCGGCGGAGGUGGUGGCCGGUGAGGGGCCCAGGGCCCGUGAGUGCCCCGUCGUCUUUCGCUCAGCGGACGCCCUUCCUGCCCAGCGUGCUUGUGUCCUUGGUCAUCACAGGAAGGAUUUGCCGGCCCCUCCUGUCUCCCCGUCGCAUGAGGGUAGGAGAGCGCCCCCUCCCCAGGAGUCCCUUCCCUCUGGGCCUUGGCGUUACUGGUGGCGGAAGGGCGGCGGGUUCUGGGCCCUGCUGCACCCCGCCCUCCCCUGUGGCCCCGCUGUAGCCCCAGAGGCUUCCCUUUGCCACAGGGUAGAGCCCAAGCUCCUGGUCCAGCUCUGACUUCACUUCUGGUUCCCCCCACUCCACCCCCUGAGGCCCUGCAGUUUGGGAACAUGCCUAGUUCUCUCCAGCCUCUGUGCCUUUGUCGUGGUCUUCUCGCCCUGCCUGGCCAGGUUAGAUGAUACCCCUAACUUGUCUGACACUGGAUUGGGACACUAGCCUCUUGUCUGUCUGCCCUUGAGGGCAUCCUGGGGCUCCUCGCAGCCCAGAGCUGGCACAGAGCAGGGGGGGCUGGCCACGGGCGCCCCCUUUUCCAUCCCUCCGUGCAGCCCUGUCCCCUGUUUUGGCCUGUGUCUGCCCACGGCUCUGAGUGGGAGUUGAGAACUCCUGCCAUCAGGAUGCCAGGCCCUCCGUAGGCUUCUGGGCUUGAAGAAGUGAUGUUGAAAGUCAAAACAAACAUUUAGUGGAGUCAGGGGCCAGAUGAUGUAAAUAGAAUCCCUUUCCUGGCCUGGGUAUCUUCCCUGGGACUUUGCUGGGUCCUUGCUAUCUAUAUCUCCUUCUCCUUUCGUCUAUUUAAAAACAUUGACAAGGCAACAUAUUGAAAUAGGUAAACAUUUUGGAAAGUUACAACUUGCAGCAGCCAGUGCAACUGUUGACUUGGCUAAGAGGCAGUCAGGAUGUAGGAGCGCUGCCGAAGUCCCCUGGUCACUGUGUGUGUUAUUCAGAAACACCAAAAAAUGGCUGCCGUCGUCAUGGUAACGGCUGCAUCAGGCUCCACGGUGUCUGGGUAGCAGAUCAUUAAACGGUCCCCCAAACGUUCAACGUUCA